AUGGUUGGAUUUAAAUCAGGACAGAGACUUGCUCGACUUGUUGGAAUACUAAGUCUCGUACUUACCAUUUUGGAACGACGAGAAGAAAUUGGAGUAGUAGAGACUUUUGCGGUUGAGGCGUUGGGGAUCACCCAAAAUGUGGUUGAUCUCUGGGAUCGUUUGUGUCUCAAGUGGGGGCAAAAUUGCAUUUCGCCUUCCGCUGUACUCAACUUCUUCACUACUUUUGAGCCCAUUGGGAAUCAGAUCAAAGACCUCAUCCAAAGGGAAAUUGGAAUGGAUCAACAUGUUGUUGGCUUAGAGGAAGAUGUGCAACGUCUUACUUCACAUUUGAUCGUAGACAAUGCAACCAACAGGGUGGUAUGGAUUGUUGGACGUCAAGGAAUAGGGAAAAAACUCUUGCCCAGAAGGUUUGUUCCAGUGUCCGCACCCGUUUUGAUUGCCACGCCUGGACAGGACAAAGCGAAGCCCAUGGAGGAGUUCUUGCACAAAAUUUUGAUAAAUAGUAGAUGUCUCAUAGUUUUUGAUGAUGUAUGGACACCUGAAGAUUGGGUUGCCCUUCAAAAACUUCUACCGGCCCAAUACAAUGGUAAUAAAAUCAUGAUCACCACUCACAGCAGGAACACGAUACCUGAAGUCUCCAUUGAGUGUUUUGUACAUGAAAAGCAAGCAUUAAGUGAUGAAGAGGUUGGGAACUAUUCAAUGCUAGGGUUGGUUUUAAUACCCCUAUGGAGCUGA